CAAGAACACUUAGAGAUUUCGCAUAAAAAACCAAAAUUUUUUCUUGCCGUCUCUGAAUCUCUGUGUAGCAGAGAAUUCUGAGAAAGGAAAUGGCACGGGGCCUGGGCCAGGACAUGACUCGGGUUCCUCUGAUCUGGGCUUCGGCAAGAAACAAUAAGGCAAACAUGGUUGAGGAGAAAGACAGAUGCAGAGUUUGGUGAAUAUAAGAAGCUUAAAUGAGGUGUAAGAGACAUCCUUUCGAUCCCAGCAGUGGCGUUGGCAUAUGCGCUUCUUGUCUCCGUGAACGCCUCUUUGCUAUCAUCGCCGCCCAAGCUCGUCAACAAGCUCUAGCACAAGCACAAGCCCAGGCCGAGACUGAAGAUCAUCGGAAAUCUAACGCCCGCCCACCUCCGCUCGUUUUCCCUCGCUCCGUCUCUCCUUACAUCUAUAGCCGCUCUGCAAGCGACCCUUCCGGGGAACAUCACCACCACAAAUUCGAUCAGCGCUUCUACAGCACCCCUCAGGUGGGUUCCAACUCCACUUCCACCACCAUCGGCGGUGCCACUCAAAAGAAGAAGCGCCGUAAAUUCUCGCUCUUCACAUAUCUGUUCGGUAAAUUCAGAUCGCAAGAAUCAGAACCAGAUGCUACAGAUCCCAGAACUUCUAGAGUCUCCAGGUCUUCAUUAGCUACUACUUCUUCAUCUACUUCACCGAUCUCGCAAAACUCGUUCUCAUCUUUCUUCCCCAGUCACCGGAAGAAACUAUCUCGUCUCUUCACCUUCGAAGACACCCGCGGCAGAGGCCACCGACCACCCGGCAGAAGAGAUCGAGGAAUGUCACCGGAGAGAACCACCGUUGAAGGUGACCUCUCUGGAGAUAAUGACGAUUCGAGUAGUUACUCAUCCAAAUCUUCACCAAAGGGGCUACAGACUCAACGAACACCGCCACAUGCGACACCGACGAGGUCUCGCCGGCGAGGGCAUCAUAAUCGGAAUGUUUCGGGAUUGGCUAUGUGUUUUAGUCCGUUGGUGAGGCCAAGCCCAAGUAGGCACCAUCGGAAUGUGGUAAUCUCCGGUGAAAUAGGAUUUUCAGGUGAAGUUCGGGGUUCGAGUAAACCGCAUUUUUCUGCGGCUCCUUCUUUCUGCAAGAACAGAUCAAAAAAGCUUGCAGACAUAGGGAGGUACAACAGUUACAAAUCUUGAUGUUUGAUGAUAAUUGGUUUGUGAU